CUUAGAUCCGGCCCUGGGUGGAAUUACGCAAUAUUAUUAUAUUAACUUUAUGAUUCUUACUAUUCAUUAAAAUUACCCUCUCGGCUCUUUUUAGGUGAACUUGAAACAUGGACAAGGACCAUGCUAACCCCACCGGAGGACGAUCGUAAAGGUUUCGUCGUAGGUAAGGAUAUCGAUCACGAGAACGGUAGAUUCCGAAUCGUUGUGUCAUCCAAGAAGUUGCUCUCGUUGCUGGGUCGGUUCUCGGUAGUGGCAGCCGACUGCACAUUCAAAGUAACUUUACAAGGCCAUCCGUUGUUAGUAGUAUGCGUAAUAGACGCAAUGAGACACGCACAUCCUGUGGCAUUUGCCAUAAUUUCAAAUCAAGAGCAAACUGAUUAUGAUUUUGUGUUUGCGGCAAUUUUCAACCGGUGUGCUAGCCUUGGCUUGAAUUGCCAAGUGCAAGUUUUCAUGAGCGACGGCGAAAUGGCUCUGAAAAAUGCAGCGCGUGCAAUUUUCGGUGGCGAGGUUGUCCUGCUCAACUGUUAUUUUCAUGUGAUGCAAAAUGUGACAAAACACCUAAAGAAGUCUGUAGAGAUUCCUAAAGAAGCACAUGAUCAGAUUAGGAAAGAUCUGGCACUUCUUCAAGUUGCGCCAACUAAACAACAUUUUGCCGCAGCAGGUAAAAUGUUCCUCCAAAAGUAUGGCUGUUAUCCGUUAUUUUUGAACUUUUUUGAGAAAUACUUACAAAAUCCUAAACUAUUAAUGUGGUAUGAGGCUGCUGCUCCUGGUAUUCCAGCCACAAACAAUGCACUCGAAGCGUUGAAUAAAUCUCUAAAGGACAAGUUGAGGCGGCAGAAAGAGCCCCUAGGCACAUUUAAGAGCCGGCUUCUGGAAAUCGUAUUUGAAUAUGGCGAUCCAGAGCGCACAAUUGUUUGUGAAAGGAUUUUCGAUUUGGAGACGGAACGAAAGACGUACGACUGGCUGAAGACGUCUAAGAAGGUUCGAACAGUCAACUGCCAAGAAACGCUGAAAUGUUUCACCUACAUCCCAGGAAAAGAGGUCAAUGAUAUUACAUCGCAGGAUAUAGUUAGCUUCGAACAACCAAAGCUGGAUAGCUUCGAAAAGUUUGCUGCAGAUUUUGGCAAACUUCACCGCGUGGAGGUAACCUCGCAAGAUUAUAAAACAUGGGACUGCACCUGCAGAUAUUUUUUCAAAAAUAACGUGUGCCUCCAUAUCUUGGCCGUGGCCGUUUUAAAAGGAAAAUAUGUAUUAAGCGCUGAGGCCAACACAACAAAAGUAAGCUACAAAAAAGCGGCAGGAAGACCAAAGCUGGUGAGUAGGGCGCUCAUGAAACAGUAGCGAGAUCCAGCAAGGCAAACCAGGCAGAUAACAACGAACAGUAAAGAAUGAUUUGAAGUAGAAGGCAAAAAUAAGAAAAGAAAAUUAAAAUAAGAAAAGAAAAUGGAAACAAGAAAAGAAAGAAAUGUUCAUAUUUUCUGCAAGGCAGGUUAAUUUUUUCUAAAGUUAUAUAACUGUAUCGAAUAAAAUUUGAAAAACUUCAAAACGCGAAAUUAACAACGAAUUCAAUUUUAUUUUUCCGAAAAAUUCAACUUGGUUCAAUCGUUCAAUACUUUUAAUGUUCUAAUAAUAAUGGCUUCGUCGUCUUGCUCGUAAGCAAUCACUCGACUCCCGCCAAACCCGUCACUCGGUUUUGGCAUAAGGGUGUCUCGUAUCCACAGUAUCCUCUUUUGAUGGUACAAAUUUCCCAAAUAGUGGAGAACGUGCCUAUGAAGCCGACCUACUUAUCCACAGUAUUAAGUGAGUAAGUCAGUAUUCUUCUGGUUCUUUUGGUUUUUCUAGUUCUUAUGAUUCCUCUGGUUCUUCUGGUUCAUCUGGCUCUUGGUUCUAGUUCUCUGGAUUCCUCUGGUUCUUCUUGUUCUUCUAGUGCUUGUAGUAUUUAUGUUUCUUCUGAUUUUUCUGGUUCUUCUUGUUCUUCUGACUCUUCUGGUUUUUCUAGUUCUUCUGUUUUUCUGCUGAUGCUUCUGAUUCUACUUAUUCUUCUGGUUCUUCAGAUUCUUUUGGUUCUUCUUUUUUUUCUGAUGCUUUUGAUUCCUCUGGUUCUUUUUGUUCUUCUGGUCCUUCUGGUUCUUUUAGUUUUUCUGAUGCUUAUGGUGUCUCUGGUUCUUCCAGUUUUUCUAGUUCUUCUGGUUCUUCUGGUUUGUCUAGUUCUUCUGAUUCUUCUGGCUCUUCUGAUUUUUCUGUUGCUUCCAGUUCAUCUGGUUAUUCUGAUUCCUCUGGUUCUUCUGGCUCUUCUAGUUCUUCUGCUGCUUCUAGUUCUUCUGGGGUUUCUGUUUCUUCUAGUUCUUCUAGUCCUUGUGUUUCUACGGGUUCAAUUGGUUCUUCUAGUUCUUCUGGAUCUUCCAAAUCUUCUGGUUUUUCAGGUUCUCCUAGUUCUUCUGUUUCUUCCGGUUCUUCUAAUUUUUCUGAUGCUUAUGGUUCCUCUGGUUCUUCUAGUUUUUUUUUAGUUCUUCUGGUUCUACUGAUUCUUUUGAUUAGUCUAGUUCUUCUGAUUCUUCUGGCUCUCCUGACUCUUCUGAUUUUUCAGUUCAUCUGGUUCUUCUGAUUUCUCUGGUUCUUCUAGUUCUUCUGCUUUCUCUAGUCCUUCUGGGUUUUCUAUUUCUUCUAGUUCUUCUGGUUCUCCUGAUUAUUCUGGUUCAACGGGUUCUUUUGGUUCUUCUGGUUCUUCUGAUUCCUCUGGUUCUUCUGAUUCGUCUGGUUCUUCUAGUCCUUUUGGUUCUUCUGAUUUUCGUAGUCCUUCUGGUUCUUCUAGUUCUUCGGAUUCCUUUGAUUCUUCUGGGUUUGUGAUUCCUCUGGUUCUUCUGAUUUUUCUGGUUCUUCUGAUUCUGAUUCUUCUGGUUUUUCUAGCUCUUCUGAUUCUUUUGGUUCUUCUGGAUGUUCUGGUUCUUCUAGCCCGCAUAGUUGUAAACUGUAAGGACACUAUCUCGCAUAUUAUUUACAACAAUCUGCAAUAAUGCCUGAACAAUAUGACAAGGUGUUCGUCAUCACAGUGGUAGUGUGUACAUAUUGUAGUAACCCAUUUAGCAUAUUGUAAUGGGCCAAAUCACAAUAUGGGGAAUAGGCGGUUAAGUUAGGUUACAAUAAAAAAAUCAGCAUUUUUCUCGAACAAUUUUUUUUGCAAUACUGUAUGUUCUAACAAUGAAAAAUAAUAAUGAUUUAAUUUGUUUGCGAAAACAGGUGCUAGAAACAAGCUAAUUGCUUCAAAAAUAAAUACUAAAAAUCAAAUAUUUUUGCGUGUAGGGGAGACUGGGGAGACUUGAUCCCUUUUUCUAAAUUUACCCGAAACUUUAAGGAAAAACACAAAACUAGAUCCGAUUUCCGUACAAAAUAGCAGGUUAACAUCUAUUGCAAGUUAAUACACAACAGAAGGCCUUUAAAUUAUUGUCAAAGUUUUCAAAAUUGUGUUUUUAUGGAGGCAUGUCUUAUGAUGUAUUUUUCAAAAAUGGGUGACACUUGAUCCCCAUUUGAGCACAUGGUUUAUUUAAAGGAAAAAUAAUUCCAGAGUCUUCCUAUUCAUUUUCUUAUAGAGUUUUCUUGUAUUUUCGAUGAAUAUGGAGUAUUUGAAAUUAUAAGAUUUCCUUUAAUUUUUAAGGAUAUACCGUAUUUUCAAAAUGGGGAGACUUGAUCCCUUUUUUCUUGGUUUGUACUAAAGUUAUAAUUAUCUGACACAUUUCAUCGUUGAAUAUACUACAAUUCCAAGUAAAUAGAGGCUUCCGAAUAGAAUUUUAUUUUUCACAUGUAUAAUGUGUGUGUAAUCCUCGAGGGAUCAAGUCUCCCCAUGUCACUGUUGUGUAUACUAUGCUGAAUUAAUUAAAAUAUGUUAUCAACAGCCUUAUUUAGAUAAAUGAGUUCGAAAGUAUUUUAUUUAAACUAUGUGCUGUGAAAUUUUGACACGAUUUGGUUCAAUUUUCACAAAGUUAUUGAGAUUUUUCGGAAUCGCCUAAAAGAUUUCUGAAGGACUAAAAACAAACCAUCAGCCGUUAUAAAAUAAUGCAAUGUACAAUCGAAAUCACUUGUAGCCAAAACAUAGUCGUUUGUCCAGGAGUAGUUUUGGAAAAAUUAUGCUAGAAGAAAAAUGUUUUUGAUUCCGAGCAAAUAUGGGGGGAACAAGUCUCCCCAGGGAUCAAGUUUCCUCAGUCUCCCCUAUAUAUUGAUUAAUAUCGCAUUACCGAAUAAUGGGGCACGUUCGGUGUAGUACUAUAUUUGUAGUAAUAAGCUGAAUUUUAGUAUGGUGAGAAGGUCAAUUCUCCGUUUCUGCAAUGAAAUGGUGUAAAAAGCGUGGGUAUUAUGAUUUCUUGCCUAAUUUGAUGCUGGUUGACCAAACUUUGGAUAACUAUGUUGUUUAUGUUGCAAGAAAUGGAGAAAGCAACAACACUGUUGCACAAAGUUUUGCUCAAACAGCAUCAAAUUAGGCAAGGAAUCAUAAUACCCACGUUUUUUGCACCUUUUUAUUGCAGAAACGGAGAAUCGACCUUCUGACCAUACUAAAAUUCAGCUCAUUACUACAAAUCUAGUGCUUCGCUGAUCUGUCCUAAUAAAAAUAAACUUGUAAUGAAAAUACAAACGGAAAAGUAACAUUGCUACCAAGUGGCGACUGAAUCUAACGCGAAAUUCAUGCUUUCCUAAGUACCUAGUUCAAUUAUGCCCAAAACUGCUUAAAAUAUAGCUAGCCCCGCUACGUAGAUAAUGUAGAUAAAUUUGGCAUGGCUCAAUAGGACAGAUCGGUGAAGUACUAGAUUUGUAGUAAUGAGCUGAAUUUUAGUAUGGUGAGAAGGUCAAUUCUUCGUUUGUGCAAUGAAAUUGUGCAAAAAGUGUGGGCAUUAUGAUUCCUUGCCUAAUUUGAUGCUGUUUGAGCAAAACUUUGAGCAACAUUGUUGUUGUUUUCUCCAUUUCUUGCAACAUAAACAACAUAGUUAUCCAAAGUUUUGCUCAAACAGCAUCAAACUAUGCAAGGAAUCAUAAUACCCACGCUUUUUGGACCAUCUCAUUGCAGAAACGGAGAAUUGUCCUUCUCACCAUACUAAAAUUCAGCUCUUAUUUAACAAAUCUAGUACUACACCGAACGUGCCCCAUAGUUUUCUGUUGAACGCAUGAAUUUCAAUGUAUAGGUUUAAUAGUUACUGGCGGGUUGCAUCCUUCCUGUCCGUUACGAAAGCACAAAGAUUUGGGACUAAUAUCUCACUCUUAGACAAGUUUGACGCAAUCCUCCAACGGUCGAGCACUGUCCUGGCCACGUCCUUGCGACAGCUGAGGGAUGGGAAAGGAAGAUUAGUUGGACACCUAUGAAAGUACAUAGAGACCUCUACAUUCUUUCAGGCCUAGACGUCACGGGAAUUUGGGUGUUAGUUGAAGGGUAAAGUUCGAAGGAAACGUUUGGUCAACGUUCAUGUGUACAAAAUAUUGUUGGUUGAUGCCUGGUUCCUUGAUCCUUGUUGGGUGUUCGAUUUCAAAUAUGAAAUAGAAAAGGAUAAUUAUAGAUUUACCUGAAUCCUCCUAUACGAAAUUGUAGACUUACCUGUAUCUUACUGGAAUAAAACGUUUAUAAGUAGUAAACAAUAGAACAGAACGCAAAAAUAGAGCAAAUUAUAUCAAAUAUUGAUUCUGCUAUGAUAAAAUAUUUCUUUCUGGAAACAGCCAGAUCAAAAUUUAAGUUUGAAUGCUAUGACUUCCUUAAAUAUGUAUUUUUUUUGUUAGAAGUGAGCACGCAUGAAAACAAAAAGAACGGAAUCAAUCGAUGCCGUAAUCGCUUGUUUUCGAAUAGGAUUAAUAUGGGAGCAUGAGAUUACUGAUGGCACACAUACCCUAUUUCAACUUUGUGACACACUGAUUUCUAUAAUUUUGGGUUACAAUGAAUUAUCACAGUUUUAUCCAGUGACUUAUCUUGCAUCUCCUACCCACUUCGCAACUCUACUUAACUUUGUUAAUGGCUAUUAGGAAUAUAUUUUACCGCAUCUGAACUAUUCUAAAAAAUUCAAUAAAAACUACAUCAAUAGUUCAACGACAUAAUUUAUUGGUUUGCAAUUUAAAAUUCUCAAAGUUAUUCAAAAAUAGUUUCUGUGUGGCCAAAUGUGAAGUUUGAGAAACUACAAUGAAUUAGACCUUUCCAUAAUUCAUCCAUGCGCCAGCACCUGUGGACGAAAAAUGCUUCGCGCAGAUGGCUCAGCCGAAUUGCCGAAGAGCAUUACCACUUAUGCUGUGCUGGUUAGCUAAUUGGGUACGAGGAGUGGUUCUAAUUAUCCUGUAAGUUUUUCCAAUGGAUCAAAUGGCAUAUUGUUGCAUGUACAAUAAUUUUAAAUGAGUUAACCUGCGAGUAGAUGUAAAGCAACUCUGUUAGGUUUCUUUAGAGGUGGUCGUUCACAAUGAAGGUAGCAAAAGUCACAUUUUCCCUUAUUUUUUGAGAACCGCAUUGGCGGUUUCCUGACUUUCCAUGAUCUUAAAAUCAUAAUAAGCUUUCCCGGAGAAAUAUGGGUCAUGAACAAGAUAGGUCACGGGCCAAGAUUGAUAAGUAUCGUUUUAGAGCGUAAUAAGUACGUUUUUAACGGUUCGAUGUUAAUGUCAAUGUUAAAAAAGGUCACGGGGCAAGAUUUAUAAGUAUCGUUUUAGAGCGUUUUUAACGGUUCGAUUUUUUACAAUAUUAAAAAAAAUGUCCAACAUGAAUCCAAGAUAAUUAAAAAUAUUAAUGUUAAGUUGUUUAGUUCCAUGGAUUUAUACGAUUAUUUUAAACACAUAAUUUCAUAAUUUGCAAUGGGACAGAAUCGAUGAAGUACUAGAAUUAUAAUAAUGAACUGAAUUUUGUAUGGUGAGAAGCUGAAUUUGCCUUUUCGGCAAAACGUUGGUAUUAUGAUUCCUUGCCGAAUUUAAUGCUGUUUGAGUAAAACUUUGGGUGACUGUGCUGUUGUUUUCUCUUUUUCUUGCAUCUUAAACAACUCAGUUAUCUAAGGUUUUGCUCAAACAGCAUCAAAUUAGACAAGGAAUCACGCCUUUUGCACCAUUUCAUUUCAGAAACGGAGAAUGGGGCACGUUCGGUGUAGUACUAGAUGUGUAGUGAUGAGCUGAAUUUUAGUAUGGUGAGAAGGUCAAUUCUCCGUUUCCGCAAUGAAAUGCUGCAAAAAGCGUGGGUAUUAUGAUUCCUUGCCUAAUUUGAUGCUGUUUGAGCAAAACUUUGGAUAACUAUGUUGUUUAUGUUGCAAGAAAUGGAGAAUACAACAACACUGUUGCCCGGAGUUUUGCUCAAACAGCAUUAAAUUAAUAAAGGAAUCAUAAUCAUUUCAUUACAGAAACGGAGAAUUGACCUUCUCACCAUACUAAAAUUCAGCUCAUUAUUACCAAUCUAGUACUUCACCGAUCUGUCCUAUUCAGUUUCUCACUAUACAAAAAAUCAGCUCAUUACUACAAUUAUAGUACUUCAGCGUUUGUGUGCUUUUGUACAAUCUGCGCUCUGAAUUCCUCACAAUCAAUGCAUGUUUUCGAUCACUCGGUAAUCUUUCGACUCAUAUAUUUAUAACUAAAUUUCGAAACUAAACAUCAAGUAUAUUUCUGCAAUUCAAUAUCACCAAGUACGCUAUAUUCUAGCUCUUAUAUCCCUUUCGUGACGAAUCAGCACAAUUAGGCUGUUGAGCGGUAACAGGUUUGCAUAUUUUUUCAUCUGUUUAGACUUUGUUUAAGUGAUGUAAACUGUUUCCAUAAUUCAGCCAUUAUACUUGUAUGUGUGUAAACAAACUUUUCACAUGAAAAAGUUUUAUCUGUCGCAUAUUUUUUAUUUCCGAUUUAUCUAGGUAGUCAAAGCUAGAAAUCGAAAUGAGAAGUGCUUCCAAAUGAGGAAAAAUAAUUGUUAUUUUGUAGGGAAAUCUAAUAGUUCUGGAGAGCCAAAGUUGAGCCAUUUGUAUGUAAAUUUAACUUUUCUGUGCUUCGUCCCGAAAGGGAUAUACAUAUACGGAGUGAUAAUUUAGUACCACCUGGUGGUAGUAAUAUACUUUACUUAUAUACUUAUACUUAUACUUAUAUAUACUUAUAUAUAACUCAGUUCAGAAGCCUAAUAUUAAAAUGUGAUGUUCGGCAAACUUGUAGUUUAGUGCUUUCCCUAAAAUUAUUACCGUGGACGGCAGGACUUUGCGGUGGUAAAGUAUUAUUAUAAAGUAUAAGUAUAUAUAUAAGUAUAUAAGUAUAGACAAAUGAGUCAAACACUUGACAGGUGAACGAAAACAUCCUUGCUCACACAUUACCAGAUUUUCUCUGAAUCCCUUAGCUGUCUGUCAACCCUGUAUGUUGAGAAGCUGAGUUUGCCUUUUCUGCAAAACGUUGAUAUUAUGAUUCCUUGCCUAAUGCUGUUUGAGCAAAACUUUGGGUAACUGUAUUGCUGUCUUCUCUAUUUCUUGCAACUUAAACAACUCAGUUGUCCAAAGUUAAUAUUGUGGGUUUGGCACUAAAUUGAUUUCCGAAAAAAACUUCAUUGACUUCCGCUGCCUUUCCUAUGCGUUAAACAUAACGUCGGAAGAAGUGCGCUGUACAGUAAAUCUG